AUGCAAUCUCAAAAACAUUGGAUAAUAAUCAGAAAGUUGGAGUAUUUGGUCUCACGUUGCCAGAAUAUUGAGAGUAAGAAGAAGCUGGAUAAACAAAUGAACACUGUAGCAAAAGCUGGGAACGUCCUCUAUUUAAGUGGGUUGUUUUCUGUGGAUAUACAUGUCUCACACUGCUCAACCACAGGGCCUCACGUGACUCAGGGGUUGACCACACGCAGAUAUGCAGAGGCAUACAGCAGGUUGACACCACCACCAACAGGAGUCAUAUUAAAAAGAGGGGAAAUUUAUACCGUCUUGGAUGUUAGCAAAAAACUGUUACCCCAAAACAAUAAAUUACUCUAUUUUCCGAAAAAACAGCCAUAUAACACUGAUUCUACAACUCCUUCAAAAUGCCUCAAUACAAAAAGGGCCAGGAUGUGCGCUACAAGCCUGUGGGCAGUACGUAUAGAGAAGAUAUUCUCAUCUGCUAAGAGAGAUAUACCGAUAACACGGAUAUAUAAUUCUGAAGAUGUCGGAAGCCCCUUAAAGGAGCUAGAAACUCACGAGCCGAAUGGAAUUAACAUCUUUAUCAACAAUGCUGUGGUAGCCUUAGAGGCGGGGAAGAAAAGCCAUGAAUCAUCUGUUGACUACUAUUCUUCUGAGUCCGCACGCUCGUGGCUUGAGGGAGACGGAAGAGAUGUUUGGCAACAAACAUUAAUCUCAAACUUGACCCCUCAUUAUUUCCUUACUGCAAGGCUUAUUCCUGCCCUGGACAUUCGUCUUCCAACAACUAAAACACAUUCAUCCGGCCAGUAUGCCUCUACAGUAAGUAAGGCAGCAUUCGGCCUUACCCACUCCGUAUCUGGGUCAAUUGCAUAG